AUGGGUCGCGGCGCUAGGAGCCAUGAUGACCGCGGCGGUUCGCCCCCUCCAAAGCCCAAGGGCCAGGUUUGUGAGACGAGACUCAUACGAUGGGAGAAGAACCAUGUUAAUCAAAGCUUAGCAGAAGCCGUAUCGGGGAAAACGGACUGGAAAGGCCGUGAAAGUCAAUUAGCCAAAGAAAAGCGCAAAGCCGCUGCUCGUGCCAAUCUGGCCCCUUCGCUUGGCGAGCGGGCCCGGGCUUAUUUAUGGGCUUUGCGGAGGUCUACUCCUCAUUACUAG